CAGAAGGAAGCCAGCCAAGGGGAGGCGAGAACCAGAAUUCGAACCCGCGUUGCAAAAAUCUGGAGUCGUCUCCUUACCUUGGAAGAAGAACAGCGAGGCCAUCCCGGCCAAGACCGCCCAAAAGAGAGGGGUGUGCAUUUUCGCCAGAAGUCCAGUCAUGCUCGGGGACCGAGGUUUUGUAAGAGCUAUCGCGCUCCGGGCUUGUCGAUUUCAGCUGCUUCUUUUUUUUUCCCCUCCCCUGUCCGAUCCCCUCUUGAGCUUGCGGAGACAGGCAGACAGGCAGACAGACAGACCAGAGCUUGCUUCUGCGACGAUGAUUAUUACGGACGGAAUGGAGAGGCGCAGGGGAGAGAAAGCCACACAAUCCAGCGCCUGCCUGCCUGCUUGCUUGCAGCCCAAAGCGGAGCGAGAGCGAGACUCCUUCCCAAUAAUUAUCUCCACUCGUGGUCUGGCACCGAGACCCGCUCCAAGAUAGGGGAUUGCGGACAGCCCUCCUACGCGGCGCACUCAUUGGUUCGCAUCCAGGGAUUGACAAAGCGGCAGCCCCGCAACCUCGCGCGCCGCUGCCAGGAGUGUUAA